CCCGCACAGCAACCCACCACUGCCGGCCGGCACACCGCGAGCAAGCGAGCAGCCACAGCACUCACACACACACACACACACACUCACACACACACAGCCGACAAUGAGCAUCCCUUCCGAGCAUUGAUUUCAGCUGACAACAUGUUGACUUUGCCACCCAUUGACGAACCCGCCUUGAUGCCCGGUACCAAUUUUAGCGACAUGUCCGAGACUGAGGACGGACGAGCAAAAUCCUGCACAGAUGUCUGCACAGAGCACGACAAGUGCCUGGUGGAAGACAGCAACAUGACCGAGUCUGUGGAGUCGGAGAGAGAGAACGGGAGAGACGAGGAAGAGGACGAGGAACAGCCCAAAAAGCGGGGGCCGAGGAAGAAGAAGAGUAAAGCCAGGUUUGAAGUAAUCAAAGUGAGAAGGCAUGAAGCCAAUGCCAGGGAGAGGAGCCGGAUGCAUGGUCUCAACGAUGCCCUGGACAGCCUUCGCAAAGUUGUCCCAUGCUAUUCCAAAACACAGAAACUCUCCAAAAUAGAAACAUUGCGCUUGGCAAAAAACUACAUCUACGCCCUGUCUGAAAUCCUACGCAUGGGCAAGAGACCCGACCUCCUGACCUUUGUGCAAAGUCUGUGCAAAGACUUGUCGCAACCAACCACCAACCUGGUGGCUGGCUGUCUGCAGCUCAACACGAGGAACUUGCUGGUGGAUCAGAAAGGAGAUGCAACUCACAUGGCGAGAUCCCAGUAUUCCUCGGGUCUCUACCCGUAUCAGAACCCUGAUCUUGGCAGUCCUUCAGGCCAGGGGCCCAUGGACAGCUCCUCCAAGGCUGUCAAGCCCUACAGCUAUUGUGGUGCUUAUGAAUCCUUCUACCAAAGCGCUUCUCCCGAGUGUGUGAGCCCACAGUUUGAAGGUCCCCUAAGCCCACCAAUUAACUUUAAUGGGAUUUUCUCCCUGAAGCAAGAAGAUCCAUCUGACUAUGUGAAGAAUUGUCACUAUGGCAUGCAUUAUUCCGCUGUGCCAGCCAGCCGUCCCCUUGGACAGAGCUACAUGUUCAGCCCAGCCAUGCGGUGUGUGGUGCCCACAGACAGCGCGUUUCCUUACGAUUUCCAUCUGCGCAACGAGACACUUUCAAUGCAGGACGAAUUAAAUGCAGUUUUUCAUAAUUAAUGAGCAAAAAAUAGUGGCUAUACAGAUCACAAGUAAUUAAGAUAAAGCACUGGGUGGUACAUUAAAUAAUUGAUAUAAAAUUGUUUUUAACAGCACGACUGCACUCAUAUUCGAAUGUUACAUGUUGGCAGAGCAGCAAUAAUCGAAAAACUAUGCAAGUGAGUAAAUUAUAUAUCAGUAACGAACCCUUUAAAGGGAAAUAUACACCAUAUGGACCCUUCAUUGCGUUUCAGGUACACGUUUAAUUUAACGGGAACAUUUGUAAAUAUUUUUAGCCAGUUUGAUAGACACGAUAUACCUUCCACAUGACCAAUGCGGCAGGAUAACAGUUUGAUUCAUUUGAUAGUAUUGAAUGUGUAAUGGAUACAGCACAGUGUGUGUAAGUGUGGGGCCAUUCCAAAUGGUGCAAACAAGAUUGAAGGGAUCCAAAUCCGUCACUGCAUAUAUAGAAACCCGGAUACCUAUGGAAAUAAUGAAUAUCAGUACCAUUACUGAUUAAUUAUUUUAUAUAUUUACUCCUGAUGCAACUUACUAGAUGUCAAUAGGGAAACGUGUCCCUUUACUGUGUUAAACGGUUGUUCACAAAACAAAACUGCCUUUUAAUAUGCCGCUGUAGAUAAUAUUUACACUGAAGUGACAUAAUAGGAAGAUACGUUUUCAAAACUACUCCUUUACAAUCCUUCAAAUCAAGCGUUGUUUUUUAUUGUCUCUACAUGCUACGAUACAAUAGUCAACAAAUAGUAAGGAGUAGGUGCGUGUUCUUAAGGAAAUGUGUUGAUGCCCUAUUAACGAAGCUCUAUGAAGGGCACCCUGAUGUGCGGAGUAUCAAUAUGUAACGGCAUGAAAACCUUGAUGAAGUGUUCUUAACAAAAUUCGCAAACACACUUCCUUGCCUUAACUUAACACGGCACUACGGCAUGUAUAUGUUGACAUAUGCAAUACGAAAUGGAUUAACAUGUGUAUUUUUAUUUGUUGCUUGUUCCCUCCCUCUCUCUCUCUCUCUCUCUCUAGUGUUUGGACUGAUGUUUCUCCCCAAUAAAAUCGUUUGGUUUAAAA